AUGAGCAACAACACUAUCGAUGCCAACGAGCUCGCCAAAGCUCAUGUCCCUGAUGCCUCCAUGCAAGGCACAGCUUUCGAGAAACAUGCCGGCCGUGGAUCAAUGGAUGUCGGCAAAGUUGAGCCCCUCUACGAAGUGAGAACUCCGGAAACCGAAGAGUACGAUGAUACCCCUACCGACGAAGAUCUCAAGACUCUACGUCGUGUUUCUGGCAAGAUCAAGUGGGCCGCCUAUACCGUUGCCUUUGCUGAACUAGCGGAGCGUUUCUCUUACUACGGAAGCUCGAUUCUUUAUACCAAUUUUGUGCAAUGGCCUCUGCCUGAAGGAUCGAGAACAGGUGCUGGUGGUCUUCAUGGCCAACCUGGCGCACUUGGCAUGGGUCAGAGUGCUGCACAGGGUAUCAUAGGAGGCUACGUGGCUGAUGCGCACCUCGGUCGUUACAAGACUAUUCAUGUUGCCAUCGCUGUCGGCAUCGUCGCUCAUAUAAUCCUGGUGGCUGCGUCGGCGCCUGAUGUUAUCAUUCACAAAACUGGAGCCACUGCCGCAUUCAUCAUCGGACUUCUCACCCUCUGCGUCGGUACUGGUNUUUUCAAAGCCAACAUUUCUCCACUACUUGCUGAGCAGAACACUGAUCUCCGAAUGCGUGUUGAGACGCUCGCGACUGGCGAAAGAGUCAUCGUUGACCCGGCGGUGACCAACUCCAGGAUCUUCCUCUAUUUCUACUUUUGUGUCAACAUUGGCUCUCUCACCGGACAGAUUUCUAUGGUCUACGUCGAGAAGUUUAUCGGAUUUUGGCNNUUGACGCCAAGAUGCAGAUCGACCGCACUUGCUCUGUUCUCGACAACCCAAGCAAAUAGAUUGGACCUUUGGCUGACUCUAUCUACGAACACAGCUUUCCUGCUCCCGACCAUCCUUUUCGUGGCCGCUCCGAUCAUUCUCUUCUUCAACCGCAAGAACUACAUCCUGAGCCCGCCUACUGGCUCUAUCUUGUCUAAGUUCUUCCACAUGCUUGGCUUUACUUGGAAGAACAGGCAAGGAAAGUUUAACUGGGACGUCGCGAAGCCAUCUAAUGUCCCUGUCGAACGUCGCCCUGUUUGGAUGACAUACGACGACGCCUGGGUAGAAGAGGUUAAGCGUGGUCUCAGUGCUUGCAAGGUCUUUCUCUUCUUACCCCUCUUCUUUAUGACAGGAAAUCUGACGUCCCAAGCUGCGACUCUCCAGUUGGGCGGAGUGCCAAACGAUAUCAUUCAGAACCUCAAUCCGAUCUCAAUCGUUAUCAUGAUCCCAAUCCUGGACCAUGUAAUCUACCCUGGCUUCCGCAAGAUGGGCUUUGCAUUCACCCCAAUCAAGCGUAUGACAGUCGGCUUCUUCUUUGCUGCCGGAUCCAUGGUCGCUGCAGCAGUCAUGCAACACUACAUCUAUACGAAGUCGCCUUGUGGGCAUAACGCAUCUGAUCCAGACUGUAUCGAAGAGUUUGGCAAGGCUGACAUUAGCGUCUGGGCCCAAGUCUUGCCUUACAUUUUCAUCGGUAUUGCCGAAAUUUUCACCAAUGUCACCUCACUCGAAUAUGCCUACGCCAAAGCUCCCGCAAACAUGAAGUCUAUGGUCAUGUCCAUUAAUCUUUUCAUGAGCGCCUUUGCCGCUGCCAUCGGACAAGCAUUCACACCUCUUUCUGAAGAUCCUCUGCUUGUUUGGAACUAUACAAUCAUCACCAUCCUUGCCUUCUUGGGUGGUGUGGGAUUCUGGUUCUGCUUCCGUCAUUUGGACGCCAACGAAGAUAAAUUGAAUAUGCUGGAGAGAUCCGCGAUGCAGGGCAAGAACACUGUUGUCGAGCCCAAGGACGCUGAAGCGCAGCUCCAUCAUGUCCACGAACAGAAGAACUAA